AAGUCUCGAAAACACUGCAAAUUUUAGAACAGUUUUUUUAUAACAGUUAAUAUGAUGAAUAUUAAAAUUAUUCUUUUGCUUAGUUUGGUAGCGUACGCCACGUGUGGUGGUGGUUCUGGAUCUCCCGAAAAAGAUAACUAUGGCACAUCGCAGCAACCAAUCGAAUAUAAUAAAAACAUUUUAUACAAAGGAUUAAACAAUGUGCAUAAUAAUCGGUACACCGACAGUCCAAAUAUAUGUAUAUAUGAAGAAGGAGUGAUCAUCGACGGUAAAAAAAUUCCAAUGGAUAUUGGAAAUAAAAAUGUUCGUCCAAUUGUAACAUAUCAUAAAAAUGAUGGAUUUACGGUCAAUGGAAUAAAAGUUCCAGCAGAUGCAGACGGAAACCCUUUAAAUCCACAGAAUGAAAUUGGUGUCACCGACUCUAAAGGGAAAAAAAUUGAUAAAGACGAUAAUCAAGGAGUAAGCCAAGGCCCAACAAAAGAUACAACAGGAACUACUGGAUCAACCAGUACAGGCACUGUUGGAUAUGUAUUUAGAAAAGAAGAUUUUGGUAUUGCAUCCAAUGAAGAAAAUUAUGUAAUAAGUGGAUGUAAUCUGUUUAAUGUAAACAGCGGCAAUAUUAACACAAACAAUGAAUACUGUGACAAUACUAACGUAGACAAUGAACACUGUGGCAAUACUAACGUAGACAAUGAAUACUGUAGCGAUAAUAGCGAUAAAAAAGAAGAUACUGAAUCUGAUACUGGAUCUGAUUAUGAUCCCAACCCCUGUAAACAACAAUGAGAAAUAAAAAUUUUAAUUAUCUAAUUUCAAAUUGUCUGUAUUCAAAAAUUGUUAAAUGAUUAUACUCUAAUAAAAAACCAUGAAAAUAAAAGAAUAUGUAAACUACCGUAUCCGAUAGUACUAUAUUUUAGUUUUUCAA